UUCUAUUUUAAUCAUUUGAAUGGCGAGGAUAUGUCGUCUUCUGCAGUCAAGGAGAUUGACGCACUCAUUCGCGAUGUGGCUGCGGCUGCCAAGUUACCAGCCAAGUCCCGGAUGGGAGAUAUCAGGCCUACAGUAGCAAGCCUGGCCUCUUUGGCGUACGAGAAUGGCUUAUUGCCGGAAGCACUUGACGAGCUUAUUGAUCUGGUUGUUACACCCAGCCACCUUGAUCAGGCGAGUCGAAAUGCCAUAGUUAGAAAUCUGUAUCCUGUCUCCAGAGUAUCCCGCGAUAUUGCCAUUCGUGUUAUUGGUGCUCUUGGCCACGGAGCACUUAAGCCUUCGCUCAAUAUCCAGGUAGCACUUUUAAAAUGGCUCAUCAUGAUUCACCACGUGCUGGAAACCCCAGCCGUGUUCGCUCAAGCCUACAGUGUUCUCUUCAAUUUGCUCAAUACGGCAGCGAUUCGACCAAAUCUCUGCCACUUACUGGCACUCAUCACACGGAGAAAGCAUGUUAGACCUUUUAGGAUCCAAGCUCUCUUGAACUUAUCACGGCAGACUGCCAAUGAUCCUUAUUUAAUCGGCCUGCUUAGAGUCUAUAAAGAUUAUUAUCCUGAAAUCAUCUUGGGAGAGCUAGUUCGAGGCAGGGCCUCCGCUUUCAAGCAUCCGGACAUAUCGUGGAAAGAAAGGCUUCAGGAAGUACAAGAAGCUUAUGCUCUGCAAGCAGAGAGGAAUUCACAAGCGGUUCUCGAUGGCUUCCGGGUUAAUCGCCCCACUGGCCGAGGCCGAGGAAACAGAGUUGUGCCGGCCGUCCACACGUCUCAUGCCACAGAGAAUUCUGUGACUUUGGAAGAAGUCGAAAACAUCACAGGCUUUGUACAGAAUAUCGACAGGAUAGAGCUACCCAACCAACUUGUGGCCGUCCUCGCCGAUCCCUUGUUGCAAAAGCUACUGCUUCUGCGUCCAAACGCAGAGGCUUACCAACGGGCGGCGAACUGGCUCAACUCGGUUCUACAGAAUGUCAUUGAUGGCGAUGCUGACGAGGCUGUGCUUUGGGAAGUUUUGGAUGUCGUGAAAGAAUUUGUGGUGCAAUGUAAAUCUAUACCUCCCGUUAUCCUUGGCUUUUUUGCUACUUUUUUCCAACAAUGGAAUGGGUCUGGUCAGCAUGGCUCCAUUCUACAGAUUCUGUCGUUCACUCCUCUUGUAGGGUUUCAAGAAUUGUAUGAACGCAUCUUGCAACCACUAGAGCUGGCUAUCUUGGAUAAUACACCAGGCUCCCAGGAAGAAAUUUUAAGCCUAUAUACCAACAUACUCCGUCACUGGACUGCCAUAUUACAAUCGAGCGAUCCAGUUCCAGCCCAUGCAAAUACGAGCAUCACGGCGUUGAUACGCCACACCGGGCGACUCGGCCUCACUCUUCUACAAACCUCUCCCACAGAGUCGGUGAAUAUUGCCAUCAUCGAGUUCUAUGAACAGGCGAUCCACCUCGUCAAUGACGAUUCUCUCAAGUACUAUAUACGGAUUGAACUGCCACCAUCCGAGCUGAUUUACACAUUCUUGUUCAGCAGUUCUGUGGCCACCAUGUCCCGUCUAUGCGGCAUCUUGGCGUGCUACAAAAAAGGCUUUGAAAUGGCCAUGUCAACAAAGGCAAGAAAUGAUGGCUCUAAUCGAAUCGAUGCGCUCUCUUAUGACCGAGCCUACGUGAACCUAUAUAACGGGUAUCUCAUGGAUAUAUGUAACUGCUUCUGGCGAAGCAGGGCAUUUAGCGAUGCGGAUACCAAUUCUCACGGCUGCCUGAUGCCACGGCCUACCGUGGCCGAUCUCACGGCAUAUGUCUCUUCAGUGGACAAGGCCUUCUCUCUGCCUUCACUUCUUACUUUGUCAUAUUCGCCUGUACUCUGUUUCCAGAGCAUUCGCUCGGUGCGAGAUCUUGAGGAUGCUGCCAUUGGAAGCAGCGAUAGCGCCAUAAGGACAAGGCACGCCGGGCCAGUGACGCAAAACAGCCUUUCCAAGUUGACUGUCGCGGGAGGUAUACAGCUUUCGUGGCAAGACUAUCGUAUUGAAGUUUUGAGAUCACUUGCGGAAAAGAGCCUUGGUGGCAUCGCCGAGCUGUUGAAAAACACAAUGACAGUGCUGAAGAACUCAAUGGAUGCAACACCGCGAGCACGGGCAAAGAUGUCUAUAUAG